CACCUAAAUUACCAUCAAGGCCAUUUUAGUUUUUCUCAGCCUAGUCCACUGACAGCUCACAAGGCCAUUUUCUCUUUGCUCUCUUGCUUUGUAUUGUAUACAAAAUCUGACCUCUAUUCAGACAAAAAGCAUUACACAACAAUAAACAGUAUGUAGUGAAAAAAAAAGGAGAUUCUAAGGUUAGAGUAAAGGAGAUAGAUUUAGAAAGAGAGAGCUCAGAACCUCAUCUUGUUUUUCCUCUCUAUAAUCAUAAGGGUGUUCUGUUUCUGGAUAUAUAUCAGUCUCUCUCUCUUUUCUCAGAUCUACUCUCAUUGUGGUUGACUACAUUAUAGGAAAAAGUUGAGAACUUUGUCAUUGGUAGUAAAGAGAGUAGUGUUGAAAAUGAAAAACUGCAAAUUUCUUUGUUUUCUCAUUGUUUUGGUACUUGUCCAACUUUUUGGCGUUAAUGGUGAAAACCCUUAUAGAUUCUUCACGUGGAAAUUCACUUAUGGUGACAUAUAUCCUCUCGGUGUUAAGCAAGAGGGGAUCUUGAUAAAUGGUCAAUUUCCAGGGCCUCAGAUUGAUGCUGUAACAAACGACAAUUUGAUCAUCAAUGUCUACAAUUAUCUCAGAGAACCACUCCUUGUUUCCUGGGAUGGAUUGCAACACAGAAGAAACUCAUGGCAAGAUGGUGUAUAUGGCACAAACUGUCCUAUUAUGCCGAGGAGGAACUUCACAUUUGUUCUUCAAGUUAAAGAUCAAAUUGGUAGCUUCUUCUAUUUCCCUUCAUUCUUGUUCCACAAGGCUGCCGGAGGCUUUGGCGGCAUCCGAAUAUGGAGCCGUCCUCGCAUUCCUGUCCCUUUUCCUCCUCCUGCUGGAGACUUUACAGUCCUAGCUGGGGAUUGGUACAAGACAAAUCACUAUAGACUAAGACAAGUUUUGGAGAGUGGUCGAAACCUUCCUUCCCCUGAUGGACUUCUCAUCAACGGUCGAGGUUGGAAUGGCUACACAUUCACCGUUGAUCAAGGAAAGACAUACAGAUUCAGAAUAUCGAAUGUGGGGCUUACUACAUCCAUUAACUUCAGAAUUCAAGGUCAUUCUCUGAAACUUGUAGAGGUAGAAGGGUCUCAUACAAUUCAGAAUAGCUUUGCCUCACUUGAUGUUCAUCUGGGGCAAUCCUACUCUGUUUUGGUCACUGCUAAUCAGCCUCCAAAGGACUACUACGUCGUCGUUUCAUCUCGUUUCACCACCAAGGUACUUACUACUACCGCUGUUCUUCACUACAGCAACUCUUUUCAGAGAGUUUCUGGCCCUGUCCCCGGCGGUCCCACCACUCAGAUUGCUUGGUCCGUUAAUCAGGCAAGAUCAAUUAGGCGUAAUCUAACGGCUAGUGGGCCAAGACCAAAUCCUCAAGGUUCGUACCACUACGGUAUGAUCAAGCCAAGCCGUACGAUCAUGCUUGCGAACUCAAAUGCUUGGAUCAAUGGGAAACAAAGGUACGCAGUGAACAGCGUGUCGUAUGUUGCACCCGACACGCCGCUGAAAUUGGCUGAUUACUUUAAGAUUCCUGGAGUGUUCAACCUCGGAGGCAUGCCCACCAGCCCCACUGGUGGUGGUGCCUACCUCCAGACAGCGGUCUUGAGUGCGAAUUUCCACGAAUUCGUGGAGAUUGUUUUUCAGAACUGGGAAAACGAAGUUCAGUCUUGGCAUAUUGAUGGCUAUUCCUUCUUCGUUGUUGGAAUGGACGGUGGACAGUGGACUCCAGCCAGCAGAUUGCGCUACAAUUUGAGAGACGGAGUGGCUCGUUGCACUAUUCAGGUUUAUCCCAAGGCUUGGACGGCAAUCUACAUGGCUUUGGACAAUGUAGGAAUGUGGAACAUUAGGUCGGAGAAUUGGGCAAGGCAGUACUUGGGGCAGCAAUUUUAUAUGAGAGUAUACACCCCAUCAAACUCAUGGAGAGAUGAAUAUCCAAUUCCCAGAAAUGCCCUUCUCUGUGGCCGAGCCAGAGGUCGUCACACUAGACCAUUUUGAUAAAUCUAUUACUUACUAGAGAAUGUUGUCAUAACAUAAGUUGGGACCACUGUUUUUUCUGUCACGAUAGAGUGACAAUGGCAAGGGACUUGUGUUGUGAAAUUAAUUCAUUUGAGAUGAGAAGCUCCGCUUGAGCUUCCAUUCCAUGCCAUAUUUUUCUAUUCUUCUUCCUUUUAAUGUAUUGUAUUAUGGGGUUAUCUGUUCUGUUCUACUCUAGUAAAUUAAGAGGUAGACACACGGACUCAAAUGAGUUUCUAUCUAUAUCUGCUGAAUGGGAUAUAUCACUUCUCUUCUUUUUCAAGGCUCUUUUGAGUAUUUGGUGUAUGUACUAAUACCAUGUAGUAGUAAAGUACUAAAAUGGUUUCAUUUCA